AUGACUGCCUUGCUGUCCGUAGGUGGAUAUUGGGCGUUGGAGGGCAGAUCUCCUUUCCAGGAGAAGUUGAGCCUCCGAGAAGUCCUCCUGUCUUCCCAUCCCGACCCCCACCCCAACCCCGACCCCCACCCCAACCUCAAUCUUCGUGGAAACGGAGUGGUGUUCCGGGAACAGCAACGAGUCGUUCCCAUCCGGGACUUCACCGGUAACCAAUUGGAGGUAGCAGGGAACCACGGUCUCGGGACGGUGGCAGAUAUCGACCAGAUUUCCACGAGAUUACUGGGUCAGGGAAAAAUCGUAGAGCCUCUGACUCCAGCCGGCUACCAUCAGAAUUUCUUCCAGACAGACAGAAAAGCCAUUCAAUUAGCCAAGGAUGCUAUGGUCGGCGUGGAAACGGCCCGGAAUCUCUCCCGACAAUACAAUCUGAGCCCAGAGCAAGCGGCGUUUGGGCUGCAGAAAUUCACAAUGUUGAGGACGUCGGUGUCCGGCAGAUGUCCCGUACCACCGCAGUGUAACCCCGGUUACAGAUAUCGAUCAGCCGAUGGUUCCUGCAAUAAUCUUCAGUGUAACCCCGGUUACAGAUAUCGUUCAGCCGAUGGUUCCUGCAAUAAUCUUCAGGUCUCCCAAUGGGGACAAUCACGGACUGCCAUGCAACGCCUUCUACCACCUGCUUACCAGGAUGGGAUCUGGUCGCCGAGAGUGGCAGUAUCGGGGAGAGAGUUGCCGAGUGCUCGAACCGUGAGCAAUCUCCUUAUACUGGAUGGAAACCAGCCGGAUCUCCGAUGGACACUCAUGACCAUGCAAUGGGGACAAUUCCUCGACCACGACAUCACCUUCGCUCCCAUCUUCAAACUCGACGAUGAAGGGUCGGUGGGUAUAAGAUGCUGCGAAGACGGAGAUGUGGCAGUUCCUCCUCCUCAUCCUGCUUGCUUCCCCAUCCACAUCUCCCCGCAGGAUCCCUUCUACGGACGAUUCCAGGUCACCGUCUUUUUUUAUGCCGCUCUGUAUGUUAUCAUGAACCAAGUGACUCCCUGGUUGGACGGGAACACGGUCUACGGAUCGGACGAGGAGGCGGCAAGGAGACUGCGAGCAUUCCAAGGCGGGCGGAUGAAAUCCUUCCAAUUAGACGGUCGGAGUCUUCUCCCUCUCCAAACGGAAAGAGGAGACGAUUGCACGGAACCCCAACAGGGAACGCAUUGCUUUGCCGCCGGGGACACGAGAGUGAACGAGAUCGCAAGUCUGUCCGUCAUCCACACGAUCUUCUUCCGACAGCACAAUCGGAUCGCCGGAGAACUCCAGCGACUGAAUCCCACUUGGAAUGACGAGAGAUUAUAUCAAGAAGCCCGAAGGAUCGUGGGGGCUCAAAUUCAACACAUCACCUAUAACGAAUGGCUACCAGUUGUCCUCGGGUCUCGUUACAUGGGGAACUUCGGAAUCAGAGUCGGGGAGGCGGGAUACCGAUACGAUUACGAUCCCAGCAUCAACCCCAGCGUGACGAAUGCUUUUGCCGCAGCCGCUUUCCGAUUUGGACAUACCCUCAUCCAGGGACUUGUCCAACUCUUUGGAGGAGGAGUGCAGACGGAGAGGAAGGAACUACGGGACCUCUUCAGUAAUCCAGGUCUCUUGUACGGCAAGAACUCACUGGAUCGAUUCAUCAAUGCUUUGGUCACACAAUCCAUGCAGGGCUUCGAUAACUUCUUCACUAAGGAGGUGACAGAGCAUCUAUUCGAAGAUCGUCGUCACGGAUUCGGAUUCGACCUGGUGUCGUUGAACUUGCAAAGGAGUCGUGAUCACGGGGUCCGAGGAUACAACGAAUAUCGAGAGCUCUGUGGUCUCGGCCGGGCCCGCACCUUCAACGACUUCGCUACCCACAUCAAUCCCCAAGUGAUCGGAGCCAUGCAACUCUCUCCUCCUCCCAUUCAGCGAUGGCAUUUGGAAUGA